AUGGCUGUUGACUAUCAAGACACCGUGAAGGACGCCACCGCGAAGCGCGAGGCGGACCUGGCCCUGGUGCAGCAGAAGGUCACGGACAAGGCGGACCUGGAGUCGGACCUCAACGACGACCAGACGGACCUGGGGGGCAAGAAGAAGGAGCUGGUGGCUGCUGGCAAGUACACCGAGGACUUGCACCAGGCAGGUAACCCCUUCGAAGUGAUCAAGGUGGCGACAUGUUGCCAGGAGUGCGACUGGCUCUUGAAGAACUUCGAGCUGCGCGUGCAGGCACGCACCGAGGAGAAGGAGAACCUGAUUCGCGCCAAGACCGUCCUGGGCGGCAUGUACUCCCGGGGCCGGUGCGUGGUAGGCACCUGGACCAAGGAGCUGCCAGGUGCCUCUGCGCACGCCUGCGUGCUCCGCUGUGAGGACACGCCAGGUUGCCUGGGCGUCCUCUAUGGGGAGGUGGAGAGCGCGCAAAAGCCGCAGGUGCGCUGCUUCCUGGCGGGCGUCGGCAAGGACGAUGUGCUCAUGGAGUGCCGCGACAGGGAGGUUCGGGGCUACGCCUAG